AUGUGGCAGCGCAGAACCGAAGACAGCGCCACCUCUCUGCAGCAGACACAACUACAACUCCGGGAACUUCAGGAUGAGGCAGAGACUCUGAGGACAUCCAGAGGAGCUCAAAUCCAGAAGCAGAGUCCAGACCAUAACCCGGUCUGUUCCCACUGCCUGCACCAGCUGGCAUCUCCCAGGAACCAGGAUAAACUGCUGCAGCAGAGGACGCAGGAGCUGAGGGUCCAGGAGACCAGACUCAAGACCAGUCUACAGGUAUGCCACCAUAGAACCAUAGACCAGACUCAAGACCAGUCUACAAGUAUGCCACCAUAG